GAAAUGCACUUGUUCUUGUGACGAUCUCCCUACAUUUUGAAUCAUGAAUUUUCCUAUUUCAAAUGAUCUUACUCCCCAGAAAUACUUUAUUGACAGAUAUGGAUCAAUCGAAAAACUAAUCGAUAAGGCCAAAAAUGGCGAAAUCCAUGCCCAAGCAGAUUUGGGAUGGGCUUACUCGAAGGGUUUUGGCGAUCUCUUGCCGGAAGAUAACGACAAAGCAAUCGGAUGGCUUAGCACUGCCAUAGAUAAGGGUUAUGAAUUUCCUAACGCCCUAGGAAAACUUGGGGAGUUAUUAGAUCGGAAAGGAACGAUACGACAUCAGCAGAAGGCUUAUGAGAUGUACCACAGGGCAGCGAAACUGGGGUGCAGAAGUUCACAACUCAAUCUUGCAGAAAUGUAUAGAUGUGGAGUUGAAGGAGUCGUGAACGAAGACCUAAAAGAGGCUUUUAAAUGGUAUAAAAUGGCCGCUGGUGAAGGUGAGAGUGAUUAUGAACUGGGGCCAAUGCAUAAAUUAUUGUCUGGUACGGUGAAAAAACUCGACAACGCCUCAAAGCCAAGGGCUCUGAAAUUUUUGUACAAGUAUUAUCUUGAGGGUGAAUGUCCGGAAGGCCGUCCACAGCCAACUAAAGCAAUUUAUUAUUUGACAAGAGCAGCUGAAAUAGGCGAUACUGAGGCUCAAUGUACCUUGGGGCAGAUAUACUUAAACGGAAGUUGUGAGCAAAUCAAGGACGUUUCAAGAGCAAGAAGGUGGCUCAAGAAAGCUUCUGCAAAUGGUGAUGUUGUGGCAAAACAGGUGGGUCUAUAAAAUAAUUAUAGAUCUUACAAGGGAAUGAGUCAGUUUUUAAAAAACGUUUUCAACUGGAACUCACACUGUCUUGUAAAUUGCACCUGUAGAAGUUUUAUUAAAAUUGAGCCAAAUGAUUGUUACACUUAUUGCAAAAAAGAGUUGAUCUUUAUGAUUGAUAUGGGUACCAGUCUUGACAGAAUAGAAGUCUAUCACACUGAUUGUCAUUGCAAACAAUGUCAAUUUAUAUGAAAUGGCAAAGGUGCUAACCUCUGCAGGUACAGCUGCAAGUACUUGGGGAUGUUCUCUUUAGCACUACCCUGUUUAUUGCACCACCUACCAUCUCCAGCACACCUCAUCGCUAAGGCAAUUACCUACACCACCAUCAUGUCAAACACAACUGACUACUUAACUUGACUUAAUUGGCCACAUUUCCCAAAUAGUUUGUUUUUCCAGUUUACUGAACAUUGAUUUGCUGGACUUUUGUUUCUUUGGCUGUAAUGACAAAAGACAAGAUGAAUAAAAUUAUGCUAAAAGAAGCUAUUUCAGGAAUUUUAAUUUUUCAGUGGAUGGUUUCUACCUUACCCUGGUCCCAGAGGCUUUUUUGUGCUUUUCCAUGAUAGGGAACAAGCAGCAACUCAUUUUGACUGCGUUGUGGCUUGUUCUCUCCCAAGGGCAGAAAAAUCAUGAUAAACCUCCGAGACUAAGCUUGACCUCUGCCACUCUCUCUCCCUCUGCUGAAAGAAUAGUCUUUUUGGGGGAGAAGUGCAGGCCCAUUUUCCCAAACAACAGCUGGUAGUCAAACCUACUCAUACAGCUGUAGACCAGGAUAGGAUUUUUGGAGAACGGCUUAUGGUAAUUCUCUUGUUUUGCACUGCACAUCACCUAGUGUGCAUAACAUUGUGACUUCAAUGGUGGCAGCAAACUCCACUGGUCGCCUAAAAAGAGGUUAUAAUGAUUUUGAUAAUUCUACCCAGCUAAAAAGGUGUUUUUCUUGAAACUCGCCCCAGUCCACUUGUGCAAAAUGAUCAUUUGAAGGCGAAGUUGUCCCUUUGUUGUCAUUUGCGAUGAAAUGAAACCAGUGACCCCCCUUUUUUUGUGUGUUUUUUACUUGUUAUGGCAACACAAAAAAAUUAUAUAUAUUAAGAAGAAAAAAAAUCUGGAUAGUAGAAGUUAUAUUUUUUAGGUAUAAAUGAUGUGAAUUUCCACAUUUACAGCAACAGAGAGGUACAAGAAGAUCUUAAAACUGUCCCUUUUCUCUACAUUUUUUCAAAAUCAGGUAAUUUGAGGUCACUUUACUGAAAGAGCACAGCCCAGACAAACAAAAGGGCUUAAGGUGUUAGUAAGAUUCAUAGUUCUUGUUAUAAAAUGUUUGACGGUUGUUUAAGUUGUUUCCCAUGCAGCAAGGAAAAAACACUCAGAAUUAUGGGAAUGCACGGCACAAACAAGCAUGGUGACCCCAUAUUUUGAAUGUCCUAUAUAUGUCUGACAUUUGUGCCGAGUUGGAAAUAUAUCUGGAUAGUGCAUCAUUUUCAAGGGAAUGACCUUAAAUGUAAGCCCAUUCUCCUUAGUAACUUAAAAGUUGAUUAUAUCACUCACAACGUGGACACUGAGAGAUCUGUUAUGCAUCAAGGAUUAUAAUAUUCAAUCGACGACAAAAUUAGUUAAGACAUUGACUUAAAAGGGGAAAAUAAAGCUUCUCCUCCCCCAUUCCCUCCAUGCACUUUUGUGCCACUUAUCGAGCUACCUGUAGCAAACAACAGACACCCCAACUUUGAAUGUAGGGGAAAGAGGAGGGGGUGUGGAUUCUUUCGCUCUCUAAAGUUACUCUUUUUGAGUACAAUGUCUCAACAAUUUUGUCACUGAUUGAUUGGUAGCAACAACACUAACAAGGCAAAAACUGUAACUGCUAUGGAUUUCAUAACUCCAAGGGCUCCCUGACACAAUGGCACAAGGUACAAGGGCUGUUGAUCCAAACAUCUCCCUUUUACCAUUUCAUUAUUGAUUCAACAAGCAGCAGGGCAUCACUGGAAUUUCACUUUCUGUAGGCACCAAUGCUGGAGGACUGUGUUCAAGCCUUACUUCUGCACUGUUUCCUUAGACAAGAAACUUUGCCCCACUAUGUCCCUCUUCAUCUGACACCAAAAUAAAAUAACCAUGACAUACUGCUGGGCUACCCUGCAAUGGAGUUCUAUACCAUCUAGGGAAAAAUAGGUAAUACUUCUGGGUGCUAUAUGCCACAGAAUCUGGUGUGCCUCCCAUGUAGGCCUCUUUGGCUUGUGUUUGCCUGGGGUUUGCCUCUAUUACCUUAUGGGGGCCUAUCAAAGGCCUACCAAAUAGUGAAAAUUAAUUGUCAAAUUGGCAACUUGAAUUCUAAAUCACGCCUUACCAGUGCUACCCGGUCAUCCAGAACAAGAAUGUUUUCCUGCAAAACAGAUCACUUUUCAAUAGCCAAGGGCCAAAGCAAAUCACCUUUGAGUUUAUUAAUUUUUACUCUAAAGAAGACAAUGGUGCAAUGGCCAUAGGCAAGCACAAUUUCAGAGCUGCCUUACCAAUGACAAUCUUGAAUUACAGUCUUGUUUUUCUUUAAAGCCCAGCUCAAUACUGGUUCUCAUAGGCUACUAACAACCUACCUGGCACAUAGAUUCCUGCUCUACCUGGGACACUGUUUUGAAAUAUCAUGAGAAUCUUAUGCCUCCCACAACAGGAACCAUCAUGCCCACAUGCCUGUGUAGUUCACUGAAGGUCCACGUCCCAGGCAUGUUGGUGGUUUUUUCCAGCACAUUUAUUAUCUGGAAAUAAUUAUUUAACUAUGAACUUUAUUGUAGUUGGUCACAACACAAUCAGCAUUCCUGAAAUAUUUUAGGUGUUCACACUUUUCUGAGUUUGACUGUCUGAAAGUGAGAAUGUAAUUCAUUACAUUUCAUGCAUGUUUUAAAUUUUUAAGAGGGACACGUAGCAGGUUACCCUGGGUUCCAGAGGUUUUUUUUUCUUAUCUAACUAUCUAAUUCCUGAUAGUUCUCGGCGAAGUCUGAACAGCGUUUUGGGAGCUUUAUAAAACCGUGAGCACGGUUUAUUUCAUCUUACGUAUUUUUUGCCAAGUCCUUAGGCCUCAUUAUUCCGCGCGGCCAAAGAGUUUCGGGUCACGUGGUCCAAGCAAAAAUGUGAGGCCGUUUCCCGCCCGUUCGCCUCGGAUACGUCACCGAAACGAAUUGACCGAUAGGGACUGGGAAAACGCCGUACAGAGACUAAGCAAAGGUAUUUCGAGAACGGACCUCUGGAGCCAGGGUAGUAGAAGGUACAUCUUUACCAUGUAUUUUCUGAUAAAUGUCAAUGACACUGGCAAGUGUAGUGCACUUCGUUGGAAGCUGGUUGGUAGCAUAUGAUGGUAGCAUAUGAUAGUUGGUUGGUAGCAUACUGGGCUUUACUUGUAGACAUUGUGAAUGUUUGUACAUAAAUCUGUAUCGGUGAUGGGGAUCCAAACUUCCUUGUUGGUUUCAGAAGAGUGGCAUAUGUUUAAUGAGGACAAUCUACUGCUAGACACCUAAUUGGAUUUCCAGGGUUAUAUUUUUGUAAUGCAUACUAUCUGCUAUAGAGCGUUUUCACUCACGUGGCUAGCAUCCAUGCAAAUUUAUCGGAACAAAAGAAGGCGUUUACAUAUAAAGAGUUCAACUCCCAAAGGAUUGGUUAGGAACACCAACGUGACCGCCGUUUCGUUGUUGUGAACACCAUUCUCGCCGCCGUGACGUCAUAUGAAAACGCUCUAUAGCAUAAUUUUGUGUAAAAACAUAUUAUCGCUAACUCUUACAAUAACGCUGUGAAAUCUGCCAGGUGGUUACACAGAAAUUGAAGAAUGAAUAAUUAUAACAAAUAUAUGAUUCUCAUACCUCAUGUCGGAUAUACACGUGACCCCAAAAGGUAUUUCCGCUAAACGUUUAUCUCACUGUCUUAGUUGUGACAGUUGCAUUUAUGGCUCCACUCGUGCUUAUUUGGUAAAAGUAAGCGAGCCUUUAUAUGUGUGUUGUUUAUUUUUAUUUUUUCAGCUUCUUAAUAAAUGCGAAGAAGCGGAAGAUAAACAGCAUACUGCAUCAGAACCAAAAACAGAGGCCUUGGUUCAGUCAUUUGAAAUCAUGGGUGAGAAACUUAAGCAAAGAUCAGAGGCACAGCAACACCCAUUAGUGAUCACCGAGCCUACUGCAUUUUCAGAGGAAAUGCUUAGUGCGUUUCAGUGGUCCCCAACGGCACGGAUUUAUCUUCAGGCUUUCAGACUGGUAAACCAGGGGCUUGAAAUUCUGAUCAAGAGUAACUUUGCUGACGAAAGAGGGAUUUCUCUUUUAGCUCGUGGGUAUUUGAAUGAAAAUUCUAUACUUCAAGCUUUUCCUCUUAUAAUGCCUUUUUUGCCUAAACUUUAUCAACUUUGUGAGAAAAGUAUGGAAAAUAAACCAAGUUUCUUUGAAGGCCUCGUCGUAGCUUUUGCUUUCCACUUUUACGAGUUGAAACAGACACAAGAGACGUGGAAAACUGAUCUUAAAAAGGUGAUGUGUAUGAGAAAUUUGAUUCGUUUCAUCGAAGAAGCCGAACCCAACAACCUUCCAAUUGAAGACUGUUUUAGGUUUGACCAAAGCUACCGCAGUUGGCUUCACGUUUUGUAUGAGUUCUUGGGAUGCCUCUAUGUCGUUGCAGAAAACUAUGAAACAGCGGCUGAAGCUUUUGAAAGUUCCCUGAAGUGCUGUCCAACCUACUUUCCAAGCAAAAGAGGCCUUGGGCUUUGUUUGGUAUCUCUGUAUUCCUCCAGAGUUUGGGAUAAAAGAAAGGACUCCGCACCCCCGGAAUUGCGCAAGUACUUUCCGAGUGUCGAACGAGUCGUAGAGGAGAGACAAGUUUCUAAAUACAGAUCCUGGACCACUGAAAAGCUAGGAGGCACUGCCAGAAAAAUAUUGGAAGAAUUUCGGGCGGAAGCACCUUCGUGUUGGAAAACAUACCCAAAUGUUUGCUAUUACCUUGCCCAGCUUGCUUUUGUGAACUUUGACAUGAAGGAGUUAAAAAGGUAUUAUGAACUUGGCCAAGAUGCUGAGGAAAAAAGGUUGCCUUUCUUAGACGCUGUUGAUCUGCCUUGGAAGGAUAUGCUGUCCUCAGUCUAUCAGCUAAUUGCUCAUUUACCAGAACCCCCCAGAUGUGGCAAUAAAGCUUGCACUAAAAAUAUCAAGGAAACUGAUCUAAAGUCCUGCGGUGGCUGUAGGACGAAAAAAUACUGCAGCAAGUGA